UGGCCGCUCUCGGGGUUUCUCUCUGAUUCAACCAAUUGGGGCAAAAUAAAGCAAGAUACUUGAGUAUCUGAUUGGUUAAAUUUUAAUGUUCAAUCUUAGUCUUUAUAUUUGCAAAAUAUGUAGUGUGAUAUGGACUUUAGAUUUAAAAGCGGGAAAAUAUUGAGAAAAGAAGAAGUGCCUAACCUCUUUGUGCGGUUCUUUUUUUCGAUGAUUUGAUUUAUACUAUAUAGUAAAUUUGUGUCUUUAAUGUAAUUACUUAAUUUCGUAGCAUUAGUGUAUGCUUUUUUUAUUCACAAUUGUAUAUUUACGUAUUGUGCAUAACGACAGUAUGGCUGACAGUAAAUGUAUACAGAUGAUUCAAACAAAUUUUUCAUUAUACGGCUUGGUAUUAUCAAGAGAGCUUAGAGUAUCUUUCGCAAAGCAAUUGUUAAAAAUACCACAAAAUGAACGUGAAUCUUGGCUUAAUCGUAUUAUAGAACUGAUUCUGGCUCAAAAUUUGGAUGAUCCACACGUUGGAGCAGAACAUAUAAAAAUUGCUAUAGAAGAAGCCUUAGAGCCAAAUAAAUUGAAAGACACAGAAACAGUGUUCAAUGUUAUAGAUGGAUAUAAUAUACCAAAGAUAAAAUACGACAUUUCUAAAAAGAAAUUUAUCAUUGACAAUGAAAACUCAUGCUCUGAAACACAAUAUAAAUCAUUGGUUUUUAAAUAUCGUUUUGAAAUGGCAUGGUAUAAAACUUUAAGGCACAAACAAUUUCUGUCAUCUAAAUUUGAAAAACAGCAAACACAUAAAACAAAUUUAAUACCUAUCGAAUAUCUGUUAAGUGAGCUAAGAACAGGGAAUGUAUGUAUAAUGGGUCUGAUAACACAAUUAAUGGAAGAUCAAUAUUAUCUGGAAGAUACAAGUGGAACUGUCAAGAUUGACCUCAGCAAUACAGAUUUUCAAGAUACUUUUAUCAUGGAAGGCUUUAUAGUAAUAGCUAAUGGUGUUUACAAGGAUGAUGUAUUACAUGUAAAAACUAUUGACCUUCCGCCAAUAGAAUCGUCGGAAAGCUUGCGAUCAGAUUUUGGCGACACAAAUACAUUUGGUGGCUCACAUAAUAUAUCUCUAAAAAUGUCAGAAAAAUUACAAAUCCACGAAGAAACUAACCAGGAUGGAAUGAUAAUAUUCAUAGCAGAAUUAUGGUUGGAUGUUCCACAUGUUUUACAAAAAUUUAGGACAAUACUGGAUGGUUACAUGGAUUAUCCUCCUAUAGCUUUUGUAUUGUGUGGUCAUUUUUUAAGUUUCCCUACAAAUAUAACUAGUGCGAAAACUUUGAUAACUGGUUUUAAAAAUUUAGUUGACAUAAUAACACAAUAUACAAGUAUAAAGGAAUCUACGAAAUUUGUUUUUGUACCUGGCCCACAUGAUUUAGGUUCUCCUAAAAUUUUACCAAAACCUCCUUUACCCAAAUGCAUUAUUGAAGAAGUUACAAAAAUGAUACCAAACGCUAUUUUCACAACAAAUCCAUGUAGAAUACAGUAUUGUACAAAGGAAAUUGUAAUAUUAAGAGAAGAUAUGUUGACAAAAAUGUGUAGGAAUACGCUUCGUUUUCCAAAAGAACACUUUUUUAAAUAUUUUGCCAAAGCCAUCAUCAGUCAAUCACAUCUGACUCCAGUGCCUCUUCAAGUUGUCCCAGUAUAUUGGAAAUAUGAUCAUGCUUUACAGAUAUUUCCAACACCAGAUCUCAUUGUGAUUGCUGACAAUUUUGAAACAUAUACGACUAACUAUUCUGAUUGUUAUGUGAUAAAUCCUGGAAUGUUCUCGAAAAACAAUUUUUCGUUUCAAUCUUAUGUGCCUGCCAUUAAUCAAAUUCAAGAUUGUCAACUUCCAAACGACAGCAAUGUUAUUUAAAUCAAGAAGGUACAGACUGGGCCCCAAUUUAUUUCAAUUUUGUUGCGCUGGAAGUAUAAGUCAAUUACUGGCCAUAAUAAAUCAAAUACGUUUUUAAGCGUAAAAAGUUGUUAAUAUCCAAUCGUAAUAUUACAACAUGAUAAUACUAACACCUUGUGUGAGCAAUAUAAUUUUAUCCUUUAGCAACUAGUUGCUUUGAUGCUAAAAAAUAUAGCGCAUACAGAUAUUACGGAAACAAAUUUAUUUAAAAUCAAGAUGCAACAUGCUCUAAAUAUUGUUAAUACUUUACAUAACGGAAGUUAAUGAUCGACACAAAUAUAAGUUUUCUUCAAAACAUUUAGGAAGCAAAUUUGAUAUUUUAAAUAUCAGGUUAAAAAGUGAACAUGUAGAAUCUCAGAAAUCGAAAUAAAGGAUUAUGUGUGUAUGUCUA